CGCCAUCCCGUCGGGCCACGGUUCCAUCUCUGCUGCGGCGGCGCUGUCCCCGGCUCCUCCCUCUUGGCUCCUCCUCACCGUCCAGGACGUCCAGCUCGCCAUCGUCCUCACCGUCCCUCUCGCCUUCCAUCUCAUCGCCGUCGUCGUCUCUCUCGACCCUCCAACUCAUCGUCCUUCUCACCGGCCCUCUCACCCGUCCAGCUCCUUCUCCGUCUUGUGCUGCUCUGGUGACCUUCCCCUUCCACUAGCCGCUGCUGCGCUGCAAAGCACAGAAACAUGGAAUUGGAAGAAGGGAAUCCUGAAGCUCAACAAAGUGGUACCUCAAUAUUGAUAUCUGGUGCAACAAGGACUGGGCCUGUGCUGUCUCCUUCUUUGAUAAACCGCUCUAGAGCUUAUGUUGCGGCUUGGUCUGCACGUGAUACUCAAAUGGAUGAUUUGGAAGAAGAUGAUGCCGACGAACAAGAUGUCGACUAUGAAGAAGAGGAAGAAGAAGAGGGUGAUGAUGAUGAUGAAGACGAAGCAGAGGAAGAUUUUGCUGAUGAAGAGGAAGGAGAUGAGGAUGUUGACAUGGGAACAUUUUCUGAACAGGGAAGAAAAUUUUUGUCCAAAGUCUGGAGAGAAUAUGAGCCUAAGCGUGUUGAUGGGAUAGUGAUAGCUGCUGAGUGCAAACAUUGUGCAAGGAAUAUUUGUGCUGAGCGUAAACAUGGAACAAGUUCACUGCGCAAACAUUUGAAGAGGUGCAAGGAAAGAAAGAAGGUUCUUCGAGUUUCUGGCCAGUUGAGUGCUUCCAUCAUGAGCCCUGAUGGAGUUUCAAUAGGGCAUUGGACAUUUGAUCAGGCAUUGGCACGUAGAGAGCUCAUGAGGAUGAUAGUGUUGCAUGAAUUGGCAUUCUCACUGGUGGAGUAUUCUAUGAAGCCACGAAUGUGGUAUCAGGCACAAAUGAAGCACACAUUGGAGCACCAACAUUAUGAAGAGAACAGUAAGUUUGGUGAUGUGGUCAUGUACAUGAAGAGAAAGCUAAAGAGGUACUGGAAGCUGUCAUGGUUAAACCUUUGCAUUCCUGUGAUUUUGGAUCCACAGUUCAAGCUGAGAUACAUUAAAUAUCGAUUUCGCUCGGAAUUUGGUGAUGAAGCUGAAGCAAUGAUUGCUAAAGUAGAAAAUUUGUUUCAAGAGAUGUUCAAGGAAUACCUUCAAUUGAAUGGUUCUAAUUCAAACCCCAUGACUCAAGGAGGUGAUGAUGAAGUAGUUGUAAGUGAUGACCCCAUGGCUGACUGGGACAACCAUAUCAUCGAAAGUGCUCAAUCAACAAAUGUGGAUUCUUCAGAACUUGAUUCAUACUUAUAUCUUGGCGGCCCCUGCCUCUACGGUGGCAUCUGA